AUGCGCAUCGCCAGCACCGCUCUGCCCCUCGCGGGCCUUCUGUCCCUUGCCGGCUCCUCGCUCGCCACGAACCCCAAUGGCACGUACGGCUGCGCAGCGCUGAAGGACAACAUCCCCAACUCGGUCUUCGAGCGCAACUCGACCGUCUACAACGAUGAGUCGAACAACUUCUGGUCCAACACGGAGAUCAUGUCGCCCGAGUGCGUGUUCCGCCCGGAGUCGGCGACCGAGCUUGGCCAGGCCAUUAAGCUGCUGCGGGGGUCGAAUGCGCAGUUUGCUGUGCGCGGUGGCGGCCACAUGGGUAUCAGGGGCUCGAACAACAUCGACGGCGGCGUCCUGAUCGUCAUGUCCAAGCUCAACACCCUCAAGCUGAACGACGACCAGUCCAUCCUGCACCUUGGUCCCUCCCACCGCUGGGGCGAGGUCUACUCCUACCUCCAGCCCUAUGGGCUUGCUGUCGCCGGGGGCCGUCUCGCGCCUGUUGGUGUCCCCGGUCUGCUUUUGGCCGGUGGAGUCAACUUCUUCGGGAACCAGGUCGGCUGGGGCUGCGACACCGUCGUCAACUACGAGGUUGUGCUGGCCGAUGGCUCCGUCGUCGAGGUCAACAAGGACAGCUACCCCGAUCUGUUCUGGGCGCUCAAGGGCGGCAGCAGCAACUUCGGUCUCGUUACUCGCUUUGACGUCCAGACCAUCAAGGCGCCGCUUGUGUGGGCUGGUUCGUACACUGUUUCGGAGGAGUACGUGGAUGACUUCUUGAAGGCCAUUGCUACAUUCGCCGCCAACAUCACCGACCCCAAGACACAUAUCGUCCCUGCUCUGGUUCCCACCCCCGACUCGCCCACCCUGGCCUCCGCCAUCCUCUUCUACGACAGCGCCGACACCUCCUACCCCGAGGUGUUCAAGCCCUUCACCGACAUCCCUGUCUACGCCAGCACGCUCGGCUUCAAGACCCUCUCCGACUUUGCCCAGGAACUGGGUCAGAUGGUCGUCGACGACAUCAACGACAUCUUCGUCGCCGGCACCGUCAAAGGAACCACCUACGACGAGCUCUACCAAGGCAUCAGCAUCAUCAACAGCACCUUCUUCGAGCGCCUGCCCGCGCUCUACGCCCAGGUCCCCGCCUCCGCCAUCUCCACCAUCCAGCUCGACUGGCAACCCAUCGGCAAGCUCUGGCUCGAGGCGUCCGCAGCCGCCGGCGGCAACGCCCUCGGCCUCGACAGCUCGCAGGUGUACCUUGCCUACGCGGAGGUCGUCGAGUGGACGGACAGCCAGUACGAUGACGUCGUGAUGCAGUGGGUCGAGGAGACGACGGACGCGAUCAACGCGGCGACCAAGAGCGCCGGCCUCCACGACCCCUUCAACUACAUCGGCGACUCCGCCGGCUUCCAGAGCAUUUUCCCCGGCUACGGCGCCGAGAACCACCAGCGCCUUGUCACCAUCGCGCAGAAGUACGACCCCAACGCGGUCUUUCAGAGCUUGAUGCCUGGUGGGUUCAAGGUGUUUGACAACUAG